AACUGACACUGGUGCGGGUCGAAGAGAGCAGCCCUUGCACACUGCUAUAGUCAUAUCACCUCAGGGAGGGAGAGAGAACAGUGCCUAACAGGGGACUAGAUACGAGAAGCACAACACUCUCCCAUACGAGUCACAGGAAUUCGAAACAUUCUUGAAAGUGUCGACGAGAAGGGGAAGCAUCUACUUUUCGUAGUCCUACUAGAGAUUCAUCAGGCUACAAAUUUUACAAUUUCAUGACUGCCAUGAUUCUGUUCACUGUCUUCUUACUCCUGACUGCUACUAUAUAUAGUGGCCUAUCACAGUCAACUGAGGCAGAGAUCUUAACCAGUGCUUCAGCUGACACUCACAUCCAUGUCAGACCUAAACUUGAUUGCCCCGUGCCAUACCAACCCAUCGCCGACCACUGCAUCCUCGUAGACAACUCUCUGUUUGGUAGCUGGAGUUCAAUGAGAGGUAUCUGUCAAGUACUUGAGGGAGACUUAGUCAGCCUUCACGACGCUAAUGUCCUGAACGCAAUAUUCAACUACCUGCACGACGAAGGAAUGACUGACGUUAGUUACUGGGUGAAAGCCAACGACCAACUACAGGAGGGGCAGUGGGAAUGGGACGAAAAUACCCCUGUUCAUAUGAACACCCCACUGUGGGGGGACCGGAUCUACCGUGGAGUUCAAGAGCCCACUGGCGAAGACGUGAAGAACUGUGCCAUUCUUAACCACCAAGACGACUUCUAUAUGCACGACGUCAAUUGCUCGGAUGCAUAUUACCUCCUCUGCGAGGUAACUGCUUUGGGGUCUGAGCGAGCUCCUAGCAGCAGGAGUGAGAACCUCACAGGUGUCGGCGAUCCGCGAGUGUCUUUACUUGAAUGCCCGUCGCCUUACGAGAACAUCGGCGGCCAUUGUCUCUUCAUCGUCUCGCCCAGCAAUGGGACUUGGUGGGAACAGAAACGCUUGUGCGAGCUGAUACAAGGUCACAUGAUCAAACUAAAUGAUGCCAACCUUCUUGGUGCUAUUUAUGACACCAUUGCCAAUAAAGGUAUCGCUAAUUACUCCGUGUACAUCGGUGCCUCAGAUAUUGACCAGGAGGGCGACUGGAGAUUCAUAGACGGAGAGUCUGUGCCAAUGGGUUCUCCCUUCUGGGGCAACAUCGGCUUUGACUUUCAGGAACCUUCAGGGGGAACGUCGGAGAACUGUGCCUGUCUGUACGCCCCUGAUCACUUCUUCAUUCAUGAUGUCUCAUGCGAGGAUUUGAUUGGUGCCAUAUGUGAAUACAAUUAGUAACAAUACCAAGUUCAAGUUCAAGUAUGUUUAUUGAGACAAGAAAGAAAUACAUUUUAAAGGGAUAGAGUAGCUUAGGCUAUUUCUACCCCCCCCCCCCCAAACAAUACCAAGAUGGUAGGGAUCUGUAGCUAAUAUGGGAAGGACUCAUUAACUUGUAAUAUUUGAGCACGAAAAACAAUAAGCCUGGCUAGUAGAGAUCUUGGUCUGCUAUGGUAAAUAAAUAUUGAAUUUGUUUUAUGAUAUUUUAGGACCAACAAUUGGAAUCACAGUGGAGUUAAUAUUUUCAAUGUGAUAAGUCGUUAUCUAGAUUUAUGGCACAGAUGGUGAUCCUGUUUGAGAUAGUUUCAAAGGUCUGCCAUGUAUGCCAAUUAUUUUAUGUAUGAGCUUGUCAACAAUAAAAUUAUGUUUACUCCCACAA